GGGCGGUGCGGCCGCUCCACCCGUCGGGGCGGGCGCGGGCAGGGCAGGUGAGGCCUCGCCUUUCCCUCCUCCCGCAGCCUCCCGGCCGGCCGGCGCUGCGCUGCGGGUGCCGGCGGCAUGGCGGAGUCCCAGGUGCUGCUGCUGGACGAGUCGCACGUCAACGAGAAGGUGACGGAGGCCCAGGCCCGCUUCUACUACAGCGAGGAGCAGCGCCGGGCCCUGGAGGCGCUGGUGACCCGGGGCGAGGCGGCCUACCGGGAGGCGCUGAGGAAGGAGCAGCUCCGCGACUUUCUCUCCAGCCGGGAGCUGCAGGCCCUGCGGGGCGGCUGGCGGGGAUACGACGACCCCCGGGAAGGUGGCAAGGUGGCGCGGGGGCCCGGCGGCGAGACCCUCUCGCUGGCCUACUGGCCCGAGUGCUCGGACACGGAGGUGCCGCCGUUGGACUUGGGCUGGACGGAUAAGACCUUCUACCGGGGCAUCAGCCGGGUGGCCCUCUUCACGCACCCGCGCAAGGAGGAGAGCGCGCCCCACCUGAAGGAGGUGGUGCGGGAGAUGAUCCAGCAGGCGCAGAAGAUUAUUGCAGUGGUCAUGGACGUAUUUACAGACCGGGACAUCUUCCGCGAUAUUGUUGAUGCGGCAUAUAAGCGUUGGAUCCCAGUCUAUAUAAUCCUAGAUGAGGAGGGUGUGAAGCUCUUCCUGGAAAUGUGCAGAUGCCUUGACCUCAGUGACUUGCAGAUCCGGAAUAUCCGCAUACGUUCUGUGACAGGAGUUGGGUUCUACAUGCCAGCAGGGAAGAUCAGAGGCACAUUGGCAUCCCGAUUCCUGAUGGUGGAUGGUGAAAAGGUGGCCACUGGAUCAUACAGCUUCACAUGGAGUUCAUCCCACAUUGACAGAAACAUCCUGCUAGUCUUGACAGGACAGCAUGUGGAGAUGUUUGACGUUGAGUUUCGUGAGCUCUAUGCCAUCUCAGAGGAAGUUAAUUUCUACAAGGAACUGGGUAUUGCUAACCCAUUCCUUCUUGGAAUUGGGAAGCCAGGCCUUCAUUCUUCCACCGUGGCUCGGAAGUUCAUUAACCCCAAGUAUGGUUUAGUGGCAGGGGCAACCCGUGGUGAUGUGAUGCUCUGGGCUUCACGACACAGGCAGGAUAAUCAGGGUAACAUGGAAAAGGAGGAAACAAGUGAGUCAAAGAAACGGUUAAAUCAGUUUCUGAAUGACUUAGUCACAUUGGAACAAGAGUUCCCAGAAAUUGAUCCACCUCUGGAGAACUUGAACAAGCUGAAUCGGAGCCCUCAGAAACUGUUCUCCCGGCUCCACAUGGACCUGAAAAAUAAAUCCAAAUCCAGAGAGUCUAUUCGUGACAUAAAGAAAGAAGAUGCACAGGCCAAUUCAAAGCAAGGAAAACGGUUUGCCAGUGGGCUUUUCAGUCGCAAGGCCAAACGGUCUCCAGGCUCAAGCAUUGAGGCCAAUUCUUUUGCCAGUGAAGGACAUUCAGGAGAAGACCUUGGGAACAUGAAACUGGAAUAUGAGCAGCUCAGCAUUGGCCAUGCCAGUGUUCGGAGCACUGGAGGCAUCUCAGGUAACCUAAGUCCAAACUCCACUACAAGCGAUAAAACCAAACAAUCUACCUGUGUGUUAUCUUGAUUGGGAAGGAUUGUCUGGAGAAGUGAAGACUGAAUAAGCUGGAACAGUAACCUCUCGAUUGAUUUUGAACCUACAGCCAUGUCCUCAUGCAGUGGUCUGUAAGGCCACUGCACAGUCCUGGCUGCACCUGGCACCCCCAGAUAAAGCACACUUACUGGGUGAAGUGUAGACUUUGAUGGUCGGUCCCUUAAAUGAGGGUUAGUGAUGAAUGUAUUAGUCCGUAUGUCUGUGUGCACACGUUUUAUAUAUAAAAACAACUGUGAUGACUGGUCUCAGAGCUCACUCUGUGUCCAGAUAAAUGCAGAUUUUCUGACUUACUUGUGCUGCUACUUCAGUCUGUCUAGCUACAGACUCAGAAUCACUGUGUUGCAUUGUUUACUGCACUGCAGAAAUGUAUUGGUCUGACUGGCUGGAAGGCUAAAUCCAAUUGAAGUGGCAAAUUCUGGGUGAAAUAAGGAUGUUUACAGACAGCGUAGCAAUCCUUUGUCCACAAGGAGUCUUCCUGUAGAUUCCUGUUAUCACUUAUCCACACAGAAAUGAGUGGUCUGGGAGAAGGGUUUAGCUAGCAGAGACCAGCAGAUUAGGAUCUUAAAUGUUUCUUGUCAUAAAUAUAGCAGUUGAACAAAGUGAUUUAGCAAGAAUGUAGUAAAGAGAAAAAAUGUAAUAUAGGGAGACUUAACCUGCAGUUGAGACCGGGUCAGGAGAAAUGCCUUAUAAGGUGGACUGGGCAGGAUCUGGGAGCAAUAAUGCAGCCUUCAGUGACUGUUAAAAAGUUCUAUUUGUUUUUAAUUCAGCAAUACUUUACCAUUCAUGGAAACAAAGAUUAAGGAGCACAUCUUUGAGGGUUGAAAGAAGCAGCAGAGGAGUCAUACAAUGCCUUUUUGAAUGUUCCUUUUUUGUUUUUUUAAGUUAGCCUUUCCAAACUCUAAUCAUACCAAAAUUGAGAGCUUUGAUCCAUAAGAAGCACUGGAUGCAAUCAGACCAAAGGCCAUCUAACCUGCUCUCCUGUCUCUGAGGACAGCCAGUAACAGAUGAUUACAGAAGCAUAAAAUACAAAGCUUGUAUACAGAGGUCUUUCUCUGACACCAUUCCUGCAACCUGUGGACUUUCUGAAUUGGCAGUUCCUUCUGGACCUGGCCUUAAUGAGUGCACUUAGUCCCUUUUUAAAAAUCAUUUUCUAAUUUUGGCCUCCACAGUGUCCUGUGGCAAUGAACCUGAAGUUCAUUGUGUGGUAUGCAAAAGAACUGUUGUCAGGCUGUUUUAAUGGGUUUCUUGAGAUUCUGUCGAGUGACCCUAAUUCUUCCACUGUCAGAUGUAGUGGUGACCACCCCUAUUCCUUGUCUCCUUGCCACUUGUGAUUUUACAGACCUAUAUCAUACAUGUCCUCAGUCAUCACUUUUUCCAAGUUGCAGGUUCAUGGUAUACAUAGCUAUUCAUUAUAUGGGACCUGAUUGACAACCUCUGUCCUUGUGUUUACUGGCCCUUUUCCAGUUCUACCCACUAACAGAGUGGAGAAGCAGGUUGUUUUUGUUUUGUCAUUGUGUGGAUUGAUGUUUCACUCUGCUUUCUUGCCAUCUAAAUGCCAUAUUCUGCUGUUAUUAAUAAGCCUUCUUGUGAUACCUAAGAAAAAUAAAUACUAAUUUUAAGUAGAUACCUGAAAACUAACACACCUACUUGCUAAAAAACUAUCUAGACAGCAGAAAAACACAGCUUUAGUUUUCUCUCUUUUUGUUUGGAGAAGCCAUUUGGGUUAUUCACUGCAUAAGGAAUUCACAGCAAAGGUAACUGCUGCACUCCUAACACAAAGCAAGCUGUUCCAAAGACUCUUCUAGGUGCUGGGUUGCAGUAGUGGUUGUUACACUGAAACAGCUGUCUGUAGUUGAUGAUAAAAUUCAGUUAAUUGAUUGAUUGAUUGAUUGAUUGACUGCCUUUCCUGGAAUUGUAUUUAACUUGAAUGGCAAGCAGGUCUGUUUUACUCUGAGUUUACCCUGUAGAACAUCUUGAGAUCCUAAAAUAACAAAGUUAUUGUGCCCUCUGUUAAACAUACUCAUUCUCACUCAGUGGGUUAAAUGCUUGCUACUGUAUACAGCUAUAUUCUAUAUAGCCUUCUGGGAACAAGCUGUAGUUUUACAGCUGUGUCUGUCAGCUCCUAUUAUCAGCAGUGUUUUAUAAAGUCGGUCCUGGUAAUGGGAGGAAAGAGGCGUUGGAAAUGACACCAUCACUUGGAUGUAGAAGUAACUUAAUACUUCUACAUAUUGUUGUUGGCUUCAGGUGUGUGGCUCAUGUGCCAAAAGCUACUUGCUGUGUGUUUGCAGGAUUGUCUAAAAUGGCUUGAUUUUGCCAUACUUCCGUUAUUCUCCAGACGUUUGGGAGAUUUUUAUUCUUUCUUUGUAUUUAUUUCACUUUGUUAGCAGAGAUCAGAGAUAAAUUCAGGUCAACAUUGUUCCCCUUUUCAUUCUGAUAAGAACAUUGUCAUCUGGGGCUUCCUUGUUCUCCCGGUCUUUUAAAAUAUUUAUUUAUUUUUUAAUUGUGCAAUAGGUUAAUUAACUAAUUAGUACCAUGUUGAUGUAUAUGGUCAAGUUUUCCAGGAAGACCUCUAUCUCUUUGUUUUUAUGUCUUUGUUGCUUCAUCUUGGGUGGAGUGACUUCGCAAAUAGUCCAAGAGGCUGAUUUCCCUUGCCCGCCCUUUCUUUCUGUGCUUACUUACUAACAUGUUUUACUUUCUCUUUCCUAUGACCGAUAGGAGAGCACUUUUCUUUAACCUUGUCAACUAACAGGAUCUCCUUUCCAGAGAGAGUCUCUCAUCUGUUUGUCUUCUGUUUUGUUUCGACACCAGUUCCUGAAAGGUAGCGUUCACUUGUUGUUUUUAAAUUCCUUCCCCUGUCACAGAAGUCUCAUGCCUUGACUCCAGGGCCUAGUAGAAUUCCUCAGGCUUAUCAUGCACUGCUUAAUUACUUAAUUUGAGAGAGCAAACUUGCUUCUUGCAUGAUAUGAAUCUGUUCCUUAAACUCAGCGUGACUCUUUGGGGAUGCAUGCUGCCUUGCUGAUCCAGAGUGGAUGUUUCAGACUCUGGUGGAACUUGUUCUUCCCUGGAGAUAAGAUCAGCUGAACUUGGACUAUUUGGCUGCUCCUAUGGCAACAGAUCUGAGUCUGGGUGAGGUGACCGCAUUUAUUUUGAUUAGUUUUGCUAAUUGUGGUUCUUUAUGAGUGCCAGAAACCUGAGGCUGUGGCCUGUAAAAUGAAUCUCUAUCACUCUCCAGAUAAAAUGUGGUUGAUGGUGCUGGGUGGGGCAGAGAGACAAGGAGCAGUGGUUCUGAAUUCUGUUGGAAGUCUGCUAGCAAAGGCUGAAGGUACAGCAGUACCUACAGCAGUCUUCAAAUAACUACCGUUUGGUCCUAACCCAAAAUGUCACCUCUCUCAACCGAGUCACUGACCUCCCAAGGGGGCAGGAAGGAUAGGAGACAUUUGUUGUUCUGUUGCUAUUUUAAAGAACAAGAUUAGCUCUCUUUGGCAUCUGCGUCCUGACCCUUGACAAUCCCAAGAGGAUGCCUGUUCUCCAGAUUUCAUUUACUCUUUGGCUUGUCAGCCCAGGUUUGCUGAUCUGUGUGGUGUACCAUGGGGCCUACCUACACUUGCGGUCCUGAACAGAGUAACGAAGCUGGGGCUUGCGGCACUUUCUUUCUGGCGUGAAAUGGUGAGUGGUUCUGAAUGAGCCUCUUGGCUGAAUGUGUGCCUUCUGGGUUUCUUUUGGUAUGCAUUUGUAUAUUUAAUGUAUAUGUGUCCAGUGAAUUAUGCCAGAGACCUUUUCUAAGUCAAACGAAUAAACUCUUUACUAUGUUACAUUCAGAUAGUUUGUUCAUUGGUGUCGCUUUUAAUUUCUCAGAUACAGUUUCUGGGUUUGGGGGAAUUUUCUUUUUUAUUUGUCAAGAACCUGUACUGUCUGGAUUAGAGCAGGUUUCUGUGUAACACACAAACAUCUUUGGACAGUAUUUGGCAGUGCUGGUUAAAAGAUGUGUGGGCAGUUAAAUUCCCUACAAGUGUCCUGUGGCUUUGAGUAUUUUGAGAGAGACUAAUUCACUCCUGCUUUCUCGUUGCUGGAGUAGGCUGUAGCAGAUGUCCACUUCAGUUUUUCUUUAUGUUCUUUAUUUUUUACUACCACUCUCUUUGCGGCUGAACUGUAUCUUGCUGCAGCUAUAAAUGCAUCUGACAAAGUGCCACCUCUGUUUCCCUUUCCAUCUUUCUUAUAUAAUUUGUUCCCAUCAGCAAUGACAUUUCAUUUAUGAAACUGAGUCCCUCUGCUACACUUCAGUUCUACCUGGCAGAAUGUAAUCCUUGACAUUUAAGUAACUCCCAAGCUCUUGUUUCCCAUGCUCCCUUUGUUUGUGUAUACAAAAGCCUGUUUUAAAAUUCCUGACCAUGUUUCAGAAGAAAUCCAGCCUCAUAUUUUACUUUUGGGCAUUAAGGUACAUGAAAAAGUAUUUGCAGUAAACAAAACCUUUGUCUUUCUUUCAGUGUUUAAAGUCCACAUAGCAAUUGCAUUUAUACUGUUUAAGAGGAGUCUAUCUAAUUCAAGCUUGUUUCACAGUGUACGUCAGGGCUCCGUGGAUCCUGAGCCUCUUUCUUUACAGUAUUAGCACCACCACCACUUUGUGCCUUUUCUUUUUCUGCACUUGUUUAGGGAGGUUCUCCAAGAAAGUAGGAUAAAUUUAUCCUUCCCCUUGCUUCACUGCUACUUUCAUAUUACACUUUACUCUUGUUUCUUGACGCUUUUGCCUGUGCUCUUUCAAAAUCAGGGAGAAGUCCAGGAAUGAAUUACCUCUUUGUGUCCUUAGACCUUAUGUCCCCUGUCCUUAGCCUGCUGAAGAAAUGCAAAUUUGGGAAUCCUCAUGAAUAAGCAAGGCUUAGGGGAAGCACAGUCCGUGACUGUAGGAAUGAUCUUGUAAGAGAAACCUAUGGAUGUAGGUGAAAUGGUAAGGCCCCUUUGCACGUAGCAAGGCUGGCAGGUGUUUGCCUAACUCUUUGCACAGCACCUAUUUCUGAUCAUUCUUGCAAGUCUGGGCACAUGUACUUGGGGAGUUAGGGGACAGAAAACCACAGCAUAACGUACAGCACCCCAGCCACUCUGGUCUCACUCCCAAUGUGGGCAAAUUUGCCAUGCUUUUCGGCACAGUAGGGAAGUAAGGGACAGUAGCUGACAAGUGUCUGCACAAGAACGUAGGGGCAGAGAAGCUGGUGUAUCCUAAAUUCACAGCAUAAUGUAUGUUUCUAAUCCUGCUUCUCUCUCGCUUGCCAGCCUGUCUGUCUGCGGUAUCAACUUCUGCCUUUUCAUCUGACUUGUUAGGUUUUGUUUUCUUUUCCUAAAACAUUAGAUAUGUCACUUGUAGGAAAACUGUAGGUAUAAAACAGCCUUUCUGCCUGUCUCAGGUAGAAAGUAGCAACUUCUAGAUGAUGGAGAGCACUGAAAGCCGUGAUUUUUUAGACACUGGAUGUGUGAAAUUGCACAUAAGCAAGAAAACACAACCAAAAGAAUUUGUGCAGAAAGCAUAGAGGCAAACUACAACAUUUGAAUAAUGAGGAUUGUAGCUAUUACAGAGGGCCUGAAAUCUAGGCCAUAAAUUUUAAUGCAUAUACAUACAGUAGCUUAGGGAAUGAUCAGAGAGGUCAGGUUAAGGACAUUUUCCAUUUGUGAGUAUUGACUGUAUUCGGUGGGUCCUUUGCCUUUUUAAUCUAUUUAAAGCAUAAAAGCCUCCGAGUAGCAAAUUUCCAAUGUGCAAGAAAGAAAAGUACGUUGCACCAGUGGGCUGUGGACUGAUCAGCAUUUUGCAUGGGCUCGGGGGUGGAUUUGGCACAUGCCUGCUGUGGGCUAAAUGAACACCCGUGUGUCUUCAGCUAUUUGAUUUACCAAACUGGCGUAGUUGUUACAGGAAGGAUACUGCUUUCUGCAGUUGGACCACUAGCUGAUGGAUUGCAUGACGGAGCGUUAAUAUCAAGACUCUCUAGCCUUUGUGCUGUGGCAGGUGUUGUGCCCUUCUAUUUAAAAGUGGCCAGAGCAGAACUGCCAGGCCAAGGGCUAAGGCAUAGGAGUUAAAUGAACAUGACAGCAUGGGGUGACAAAGGAAUAAGAAUACUUCUGUGAGAUCUGCAUCCAUGUGACACGGCUGGUGGAACACAUUGGUCUACAUUUUCACUGCACUGGCUACAGACUAAUGGUAGGAUGGAGAAUGGGGAGAAAAAGCGGAGCUCACACGAGAGCAGGCUGCUUAUUGCGGAGCUGCAUCCUAUACCAAGCAUUAAAAACAAAGUCUGUCUUGCACACCAACAGGGUGUGUGGGGUAGGAAUGUCAGUUGUCUGUAUCUGCAGAGCUGCAGCAGCCCAAGUCUGGGGUUUUCCACGCUUGGGAUUGUGAAGAAUAAAAAUGUUAUACCUGAGCGUUCAUGUAGGCAGACCCUUGUUUGUGAGGCUCCCCUAGGACACAAGACAAGGUGUAGGUGCUGCUACUUGGUUAUAAAGGGCAGAACCAUCCUUGUCCCUUAUUGCAUUGUUUGGUGGGUGUUGUGCUUAAGAAAUGCAGGGGCUAUUUUAUUAUUAUUAUGCUCUGGCUUUUCAGAAACUUCAGUACUCGAGGAAAUAAUAAGCAACUUCCAGGUAGCUGGGGUCUCACUUCUGUGGAGGGGUCACUUCCACAAAGAAAGAUAAUUAAAAGAAAAAGCUAGCUCCCUGAGAAAUUACAGUAUAUUUGGUGAAACUCUGCGAAAUCUCAAGGUGUAGACGCUAGACGACCUUGGGAAAAGGGCAUUUACCUCAAGUGUUUGAAAAGAAAAGCUAUUUAAACUUUGAAAGAGCUAUUGGUUUUAUUGUUGCAAUAUUUAUGAUCCUCUCUUUAUAGGUCAUGCAACCAUUUCCUUAGAUAUCCUUAAUCUCCUACCAGAAAUUCUUUCCCUUGGCUGGCAGUCCCCUUGUGCAGAGCACUUCUACUACAGAAACGGAAAAUAGCAAAUCUAAACAAAGUGGGAUCAUUUAUAGCCAUCUUGCUAAGUGCACAACACAUCUGCAGAAGGAUCAAUUGCUCUGAUUUAGCAUGGCCAUUAGUGACAUUUUGCUGCCACUGAAAGGAAGAAAAUGGCUCUGUUUAGUGUCCUGAGGUAUAACUGCGAUAAUCAUAGACAUUAGAAAUGGAAAAGGCCACUAGGUCAUCUGAUCCACUGCCCCAGUACAAUGCAAAGCAAUUCACCAACGUACCUUUUCUAGGACUUGGUAAAUUAUUUUACCACUUGUUUGAGCUUCUCCUUUACAGCCUAAUAAAUCUCAUAGGAAGGAAGUUAAAAAAUAACUUUUUUGGGAGUUACAGUAGCUAGACGUUCUGACAGGCAUUGCACUGAAAUAAUGACCUGUCUCCUGGUUUAUCAAAGCAUCUGCUGUUGACCUUUCACAAUGAGGACACUGUAAUAUAUUCACUUCCUUUGUUCUGUAUUUAUGACUGCAGCAUUUCAAUAAAUCAAAAGUUUUCUGGAAGGAAAA